AUGAACACAGCAGCGACGGGGAGUUAUCCGAUGGCUUCUCUCUACGUUGGCGACCUGCACCCCGACAUCACGGAGGCUAUGCUGUAUGAGAAAUUCAGCCCCGCCGGACCGGUGCUCUCCAUUCGGGUAUGCAGAGACAUGAUCACCCGGCGAUCCCUUGGAUACGCUUACGUGAACUUCUCCCAGCCAGCUGACGGUAAGAGACAAAGUGAUUGAAGUGACCACCAUGCAGUUUGAGCAUGCCACAUACACGUGUUAGUCCAUGCAUCCUUGACAAUGUCACCAUAUGUUUUCAUAUGUGACCGAUAUGCCAGUCAUAUCGGUCCAAAUGUCCAAUACAAACUUCAAGAAACACCGGUCUGGGAAAAAAGAAGCAUGACACUGCAUGGAUUAAUGUCACUGGACAUCCAUAGCAGUUCUGAAGCGGUUGAAGCACUCAUUUGACCCAUAUAACCAUAACCCAGUUCCUGUGAACUAUGCUGAUUUAUGAUAGAGUUUUAGCUAUGUCCUCAUAACGGCACUCCUAUUAUUUAAUCAUAUAUUUUCAGCAAACUAUAGAUAUCAUUGACAUCAAUGCAUUAAGGAGUAUGUGCCUACUGCAGAUCUCACAUUCAGGACAAAAUGACCCAUUUCUGCUCCUAUUUAAAGGGCCAGGAGAGAAACCAAUUCCCACAACCCUCUGCUGGUACAUUUACUGAAAGCAAAGGAAAAAAGGACAAGCAUGGCUGAGCUAUAAACAAACCUGCAAAACCUGCUUCAUAUCUACUGUAAAUCUGUGUAAUUCUUUGCAUGCAGUUGCGUUACAAACCUGAUCCUGUUUCUGUUGGGAUUUAAGUCGAACCUCAUUUCUGAGCUUGUUAUGGGAUGUUUUCAAUGCAUGAUUUAAUUUUUCUGUAGCUUCAUCACCUAAACUGUCCUUAGAUGUACGUCUUAUGCCAAGUGACUGUCAGUAUAAACAUGUUAAAGAGUUUGGUUAAAGCUUUUUGAGCCACAGUCCAUGGUUUAAAAGCACUGAGUCAUAGUUACAGCUAUUGCAGUUGUCCCAUGAGGUUCCGUUUACAUUUAGUGGAUUUUUGUUUUUUUUCUGAUCAAUAUUUAAGUCUUGUCUCAAUAUAUAUCUGUGCUCAUAUUGGUGACUAAAAGCCGGAGUAAUAAUAGGUUACAAAUGGCUUCAUUCCAGGAAGGUAGUAUCACUCUUGAGUAAAUGUAAUAAGAGCCAUCAGUGAAAAGACACCAUUUGUUGUUGGAGGUGAAGACAUGGGGGAUGGUAGGCCUACAUUUUGGUAUUUACUCGGAGUCCCUGCACGAGGCUGUGGGGCAGAAGUGUGCUGCGUUUUAAAAAACAACUCAUAAUAGGAAAAGUUAUAGAAUUGUAACUUGUUGGUACAUCUAAUUUAAUGUAGAGCAAAGCAGUAGUUGAGUUUCUUCUCCAUUGGACUUUCUAAAUUGUAACUGUCUGUGAAAACAUAUAAGACCUGGGUUGCUCAUCUUAGCGUUCUUAUUGAAUGUGUCUCAUCCCCAUCAAUGGUAGAGAACACUCUACUCUCCCUCCAUGCCAGCACAUACCUCACAGGACCCCUCUCUAAAUAUAGAAAGUCUUUUUGAGCAGACUUGAAUUUGCCUGUCAGUAAUACUUAAGAGUUCCUAACAUGACCCAAAUUAUUAACAAUAAGUAAUUAAACACUUUGAACAUUUGAAAGCGUCUAGGUUUGGCUCGUAGUGUCAUCCCAUAAGAAAAAACAAACAAACUAGAAUGUUAUUUAAAUUGCUUUGCCCUUUUUAUGCUGAGGUUCCCUCUUUGAACCUCCAGAGGUCCUAAUGUUUGACAGCGAUCACACACCUUAUCUGAACACACGGCUGUGAAGUACAAUUGCGAGCCAAACUGCUGAUGCCAGCAGACGCAAGGGAGCUCCGUUUUGUUUACCAGACACUUUUAGUUGGAAAGCCCACCCUGUGUGUGUGUGAGAGUGUGUGUGUGUGUAACUGUGGAGUGACUAAACAAAGGGAUGUUUGGCAUGUGUACCCACAUGGACAUGGAGGCAUGUAUUACAGUUAAACUGAUUGGCAUAAUAGAUUGAUAGAAUAAAAAAACAUUUUAUGGUUAAAGUAUGAAUUGAGGGUUUGAACUGCACCCAAAGAAGACACCAUAAUUAAACCCCAUUUGUGCUAAACACUUUUUUUUUGUACAAUCUAAUGGCCUACUGUUCUACCAAUGCAACUGGCCAAAGGAGGGCUAGGCCAAGCAGCAUGCAUCGAGUUUGAGAGGGCAGCCAUGUGCUCCCAGCAGUGCAGCUGCUCCCACACUUAUCCCAGCUGCUCAUCGGCCACAUGCUCUACUGCCGUAACUUAACCAUGAUACAUGAGGCUUGUUAAUGGACUGGCAACACUGGUAUUACAACUGUGGCUCACAAUACACAGAAAGAACUACUGUUGUGUGGCUUUAUGAUAUUUCUUUGAGAUGUUAUAAGGAUAGUGUUGGGUGUUGGGUAGUAGGGGAUAGCUGGAUUACAAGACUGAUAUCUGUAGAACAGAAAAGUAGGAUGUAUUAUAUUUUGGUUAAGAGACUUGCAUGUUUUCAGACUCAUGGCUCCAUGAAAACAAACACCCAUGACUUUUCACCCUCCUCUCCCCCCCUUUAGCUGAAAGAGCCCUGGACACCAUGAACUUUGACGUAGUAAAGGGCAAACCAAUCAGAAUCAUGUGGUCCCAAAGAGAUCCCUCCCUCAGGAAGUCUGGAGUGGGCAACGUGUUCAUCAAGAACCUUGACAAGUCCAUUGACAACAAAGCCUUGUACGAUACCUUCUCUGCCUUUGGAAACAUCCUCUCCUGCAAGGUAUAUUUGUUAUAGAGGUGAUCGUGGGCUUUGCUUUUUUAGGUAUUUUAUGCAGCUGUUGUAGGAAAAUGGGAAUGGAGUCUCACACAUACUGGUUUAAAAAAUACAUUUAUUUACUUUCAUGAGCUGCAACCAGUCGCACUGUGACACACUGUGAGAUGUGCUCUUGGAUUUUAUCAAAUUAAAAGGUUGUUUUUGCAGAAAGUAAACUAUAACAAAACCACAACAUACUCCUGUGACACUCAAAAAUGUUUAGGCAGCCAGGAAGCUUAGUGAACAUUUUAACAAUAUCAAAUAGGCAAAGUUCGUUAAUCAACACAUUUAGAGAACUUAACGGUCUGAAUGAGUCAUGACGCCUUUUCCACUGUAUUCCUAAUACUUUUAUUUUCUCUCAUCUCCUAGGUGGUGUGUGAUGAAAAUGGCUCCAAGGGCUACGCCUUUGUCCACUUUGAGACUCAGGAUGCUGCUGACCGUGCCAUUGAGAAGAUGAACGGCAUGCUCCUGAAUGACCGCAAGGUGUGAGUGUCUGAUCAUCUAGGAAAUGGGGUCAAAGAAAUGUUGGCUGCUGAGAAUGUCUCAAAAGAGUUAAAGAAUUUGUCUUACAUUUUAGAUCGGUUGAGAUAGUAUCAGGAAGUUUUAACACUCAUGUUUGUAAGUUUGAAGUUCUCAUUGAACAUAUGCUGAUUAUGGUAAUUGCUGAUGUGUAUGGAUCUGUGUUUUAGUUUGUGUCACAGGGUGUAAAUUGGACUCUACUGUGGUGUUGAGUGAACUGACUUUUUGUACCUUUUUUUUUUUCAACCUUUGGGCUUGUGUGUGAAUAUUCUGACUAAUGAGCUAACCUCUCUUUACCUUCGUGUGUAGAUAACUUUUAAUAGAUCAUUAUGAAACUAAAAACUCAUACCCACUCUUAUCCUUUUUACCAGACACAUUUUCUGUUGCUUCAUUUGUCCACUCACUGGUCAUCCGCCUUGGAGUGUUUGUAUGUGUGUGUAUGACCACGCUUGUGUGUUUUAGUGAUGGAUCGAAUGCAGGAAUGCAAUACUGGAUGGCGGAAGGAGAGAGGUCAUCAGAGCCAGGUAUACAAGAUCAUUUGGUCCUUCCCAGCUUUCCUUUGUACUGUGAGACUCUGUUCCUCCACCCCUCUCCAUCCACCUCCUCACCAAGUCAGGACCAAGAAUUAAGAUGGUUGUCACUGUGUUGUUUGGCAUGCUAGCAAAUCUGCCUGCCUCUGGUGAUAUUAACAGCAGUUUCAUGUUUUCUGUUGUUUACCCCAGGAAUGAUGAGUCACAUGAUGUAAAUCUGUUCAGUGGCUGUCUUUUUCUCUUUUUGUAAAAGAAUUUAUUCUUUACCUUCCAUGCUUCCCUGGUCAGGUCUUCCUCUGUCAUUGGAUCUUUCUGUACCUGGAAAAUCAUCAGGAGUGUUGUAUAAACACAAAAGCAAGACAUGGAUGCUGUUGUGAGAUCUUAUCCACGUCAGGACUGUUUUAAAGGAGUGUGUGCCGCUUCUUUUGCUCUCUUUUCAGAUUUGUGGGUCGUUUCAAAUCUCGCAAAGAACGGGAGGCUGAACUUGGUGCCAAAGCCAAAGAGUUCACCAAUGUUUACAUCAAGAACUUUGGAGAUGAUAUGGAUGAUGAGCGGCUGAAGGAACUAUUUGACAAAUAUGGUAAAGUUUGACGACAUUCGAAGGCAGAACUUUGUGUGCUAGUCCUGUCGUCUCAUAGUUAUUAACCUUUAGUUAUUUAACCUCUGCAGGUAAAACCCUCAGUGUGAAGGUGAUGACAGACCCAACCGGCAAAUCCAGAGGCUUUGGAUUCGUUAGCUACGAGAAACAUGAGGAUGCCAACAAGGUACUUGGGUCUCAUGGAAAUGUAUCAAGUGAGUUUUAUAAGUACUUCCCUCUGAUGACAAUGACUCUCAACCAAAGGCUGUAGAGGACAUGAAUGGCACAGAACUCAAUGGCAAGACUGUGUUUGUGGGCCGGGCUCAGAAGAAGAUGGAGCGGCAGGCGGAGCUGAAGAGGAAGUUUGAGAUGCUGAAACAAGAGAGAAUCAGUCGUUAUCAGGUCUGUAGGAAAUUAUCUUUAAACUUAUCUAAUGAAGGAAAUUGUUACUCUGUAGUAUCUUAACAAUGUGUCUUUGAUUUUAGGGUGUAAAUCUAUACAUUAAGAACCUAGAUGAUACCAUAGAUGAUGAAAAACUACGUAAAGAGUUCUCUCCAUUUGGAUCUAUCACAAGUGCAAAGGUGAGGGGGAUGUAAAUUUGGCAACAGUGUCCUGUACCAGAUUCCUGAAGUUACUCAGACACAACAUGUUUAUAUUUCAGGUGAUGCUGGAAGAGGGACGCUCGAAAGGCUUCGGUUUUGUCUGCUUCUCCUCUCCUGAAGAGGCUACGAAGGCUGUGACUGAGAUGAAUGGACGCAUUGUUGGAUCCAAACCUCUCUACGUUGCCCUCGCUCAGCGCAAAGAGGAGCGCAAAGCCCACCUCACCAAUCAGUACAUGCAGCGUAUUGCCGGCAUGAGGGCCAUGCCUGCCAAUGCCAUCAUUAAUCAAUUCCAGCCAACCAGCGGCUACUUCAUGCCAGCCGUGCCACAGGUGUGAGAAUGUUAAAGUCUAUAUUUUACAGACGGAUGUGUCAUGUCAAAGGGGUCAUUGCUUUUAAGAUAUCUACAGAGUAUUAUUUUACAUUAUUUGACAACUGAAGCUUUUAAGUAUAUUUGCACAUUAUUUAUAUUUGAUAAGCUUUGUUUUAUUUUGGCACAAAAAUUCUGAAAACCUUAUUCAUGCUCCCAAGCAUCAAGCUACAGACCAACAUCACCCUGCUAGCAUAAAAUGGACUGUUAGGCGGCUUAAAUAAUUAGUGUGAGAAAAUAUUGGAUUACUUUUUGCAAAGUUGACAGAAACACAACUCCAAUGUAACACCCAUGUGGCUUGGUCUCUUCUGAAUGUGUUAAUAAGCUCCUGGUAUGCCUUUGAAUUUGCCUGGAUAGGUGUGAAUAGGUCAGUGUUGUGUUUACAGUCACAACUGUCUACCAGAAUCUGUUGAUGCAAGUUUGAGACAAGUGAACGCAUAUUAUUUAUUUUAACUUUUCAAGAAAGCUUUUGUGAUUCUCAGCAUUUCCAAGUGAUUCAAAGGCUUUCCAUCCAAUAAUUAUUUCAACAGACUUUAUAGGAGACAAAGUAGGUUAUUCAUCAGAGUUGUCCCUCUCCUGCCAUACAAUGGUAACUUUUUCUUAUCUGUACCCACCAGGCCCAGAAUAGGACAACAUACUACGCUCCCAAUCAGCUGGCUCAAAUGCGACCCAACCCCAGGUGGCAGCAACAAGGUGGUAGGGGUCAAGGUAGGCAUGUGUCAAGAUGUGAUAGUGCAGCUGCCUUUGAUAUGUCCUUUGUUAUCUGACAUUGAAGUUAUGUUAGCGAUAAUAUAUGGUGAGCGGGUGAAAGAGUGAAACAAAAAGCUGGCAGGGUUGGUAAGGAGCCCAGUGCAAAGCAGCUUAGGGUUAUUAUCUCGUGAAUAAUUCAACAUUUACCGUCUUUAUUGGUAUAAACCACAUAAAACUAAAUGUUUUCAUUCACAGUAAAGUCAGAACAGAGCAUUUUGCUGCAUUUCCAACAGAUGCAGAAAAUAACUGCAGCACCUGUAUGAGGUCCCCUUCCCCACAACUUUGCCUUUGGCAUUUUCUUCCCACUCAGCCAUUACUGUAACACCGUGAACUGUGUCUGUUUAGUUGAUGUCUCUUCCACUAAGCUUCUAGUGUAUUUUAUAACCUCUUGCUAAGGUUCUACAUGGUUGUUCGCCUCUUGUCUUCUUUUCUCUGCUGCCAAAUGGUCAGUCAUUAGCCACAUAUUAAAUUGAGAAUAAUAAUUAUACACUAAAAUAAUAAUACACUGAAAGAUAGGAAUCAAACAUUUUUGUGAUUGUGAGAUAUUUAACUUCAUAAACGUGCUGGCCUCCUGUCUGUUGAUUUGGUCUGAUGUGAAUGACCUGGUUGUCUCUGGCAUUGCUUUCUUUACUUCGUAACCAUUGUGAAUGGGUUAUGACCAAUCAGAAUAAAGUAUUUAACACGGCCUGGUGCUUGGUAAGAAAGCCCAAAAUUGAUAAACACCACAGGAUGUGUUUUCAGAAGUAAAAAAAUGUGGGUCUAACUGUUUGUAUCUCUGCUUCUUUUACCUUCAGGUGGAUUUCAAGGGAUACCCAGCUCACUACGCCAGCCAGGACCUCGUGCCAACCUGAGACACAUGUCACCUAGUAGUGGCACACAGGGACCUCGAGGUGUGUUCACAAUAACAACUGUUCUUUUCAUUUUAGUAUUUAGCUUAAACUACACACAAAGUAAGAGUAGGCAAGACACCUAUUUAUUAUGUUCCAUUUUUUUCUUGUAGCUGCAGGCCAAGCAAUGGCUCCCCGUCCCUCAAUGGGAGUACCAGGCCCCCGUGCCAUGCCUCCUUACAAAUAUGCCACCAGUGUCCGUAACCCCAACCCCCAGGUGGUGCAACCUAUUGCUUUACAGCAGGUGUGGAUGGAAGAUCAAUCAUAUCUAAUUUUUUGUUCCUGUAGUUUUAAACCCUCAAAGCUUCACAAUGAACUUUCUCUUUUCUUUUUUGGUGUGCUCCAGGCUCAGCCGGCUGUUCACGUUCAGGGCCAGGAGCCUCUCACAGCCUCCAUGCUGGCUGCUGCACCGCCUCAGGAACAGAAGCAGAUGUUAGGUACAAAUCACACAAACAUAACACAUAUACUGUUAUGCCUCUUAACUUUUAGAGGUGUUGAUUUAUUCUUCCUUUUACCCUACAGGAGAGCGUUUGUUCCCACUGAUUCAGGCUAUGCAUGCCAACCUGGCAGGAAAGAUCACUGGCAUGCUGCUAGAGAUUGACAACUCUGAACUGCUACAUAUGCUGGAGUCUCAUGAAUCCCUGCGAUCAAAGGUAUUCUGCUGCCUUCAUAUUUGCCACCUUGUCACAAUUAUAUUUGUGUUAUUCACAUUUUACAUUCUGUCAAUAAUUCCUGUUCGAUGGUAUGUUCACACAGGUGGAAGAAGCUGUCGCUGUGCUACAAGCCCACCAAGCAAAGAAAGAUGCCACUCAAAAAGUGGGAGGCAUGGCUGCCCCUGCCACUGCUGCCACAUCCUAA